AUGUGUCAUAAACUAAAACUGUAUCUACGUUUGAAUUCACCUCACAGAUUGCAAGACGAGCAACUUCGAGUAAGCAUGGGAGAUUGGGUUGUUGUGGGCGCUUCUUUGCUGCUAAUGUUUUUAGACCAAACUACAUCUGUUGAGUCUCACUGCCGAACUGUAGAGUCAAUUUCAAAUCGAGCAUUACAUGGUCACGUGAUCGCAGUAGCACAAACCUUGUCCUUGGAGAGAUGCAGUUUCAAGUGUGAACGCAAAGCAGAUUGUUAUAGUAUCAACUACAUGCUGACCUCCAACUCCUGUGAGUUGAACAAGGGAACUCGUUUGUCGCACCCAAAACACUUCCUUCCGCGAGAAAACACAGUUUAUAUAGAUAAUCUUCAUCGACGCUAUCACACAUGCGUUCAUCCUCCUUGCCAAAAUGGCGGCACUUGUGUAGCACUACCAGAAAGUCCCGGAUAUAAGUGUCUGUGCCAAUCAAAUUACAGUGGCGACGAUUGCCAAGGUAAGAAAAUAAUUUCCCAAAAUGUGAUACAUUUCAAACCAGAUUGCUGUUACCAUUCUCACUAUAGAGAGCCAAGCAAGCUGCGUAAGCUCAUCCAAGAGCGCUAGAGCGAGCGGCGAGCGAGACUUGAAGGGGCGAUGUCAAGAGGAUAUUGCGGAUUUAGGUCAAUUCUGAGCUAUAAAAACAUCACGGAUCAAGUUAGGUUUCUGGGAAACCUGCUCACCUACCCCUCUCCUAAGCUAACAUUAACACUUACUUCUCACGUAGGGCAAAAUGUUGGCUUAGGGGAGGGGUAGGUAGACAGUUUCUCAGACAUUGCCUUUAACCAUACCAAAAAAGUUCCUGUAGAGUGAUGAAAAAGAUGUCAAACAAAUUUGCAUCCAUGUCUAUCUUUGCCAUCUAUGGCAACAGACGACAAGAAACCGUUUCAAUACCUUAAUAUAGUCUUAAAUCAGCCUAGUCUCUAGGCGUUCUCGGCUCGGUCAAUAUGUAAAGCCCCGUGCAAACAGACGCAACAUUGUUGUUCAAAAACUCCCAAAAUUGUUGGAUGUUAGAUGUUGCGUCCGUUUGCACACUCUGUUGUAUGUUUUUGCGUGUUGUUGGGAGUUGUUGCACAAAGUUUGAAAGCAGUCAGACUUUUAGCUACGUGCAAACGGACGCAACAAUGUUGCGUCCGUUUGAACAGGGCUUAAAAGUUAUUGAAAGACUAAUUCAUUGCGUGCAGUAACUCGUUCGAUCGCUUGCUCAAAAGUCUCGUACGCUUACAUGACCUUUUUAAAGCGACUGCGUGAAGGAGUUCUUUUUCCUCUAUUUCUUAAGCCCACUACGCUUCCACUGGAAUCACGCAUGCAUUGUUUAAAAAAUUGGAGAAGGUUUAUUGAUUGAUCGUUUGAUCGAUUUGUUGACUCACUGGCUGUUAACCGCCCUAGAUUUCUAUUUAUUUCUCAGGCGAAAAGUUUAAGAAAAUUUGUUUGUUCAUCUCUUGGCACAGUUUGUAAUGAAGUGGCUUUAGGGAUUCAAGACUUAUCCAUACCAAACUCUGCAAUCUCUGCGUCAAGUUUCGAGGCCGACAGUCCUCCAUCUAGUGGUCGUAUUUACAAACCUGGCGGAUGGCGCGCAUUAAGCAACGACACCAGUCCAUAUUUGGAGGUAAGUACAACACUACUUUUAUUUAUUGUAUCGGUUAAACGGAACGAGUUUCAUUCUGCGCAUAUUUAGAAAAAAUCAACAUAUUGGAAUGCUUUGGCGCUUAUUAUAGUAUACGGAAAAGGAUUAAUUUCUUUUGGACAACAAGAAACGUUUGCUUUGAAAGUCCUCUAUGUUCCGAGUUUUCUGUUGCUAACAGUUUAGGCCCCAAACAUUUCUAUGUAAGAUGCAAAUGACUGUUUCUAUCGUAAACGCGGUUUGGAUAAGCAGGAAAUUUCAAGCUUCUUCGUUCAAAAGGGGGGAAGCUGAUUACUGUUAAGGAGUAGUAGAAACGUCACUGAUAUGAUAGGCAAUUGUCUUGUUCUUAUUCCUUGAACCUUGAGUGACUCCACGAGAACAGUCUCCCUCCUGCUCCCUAAAAGCAUUCUUUCUAUCUACAUAGAAGUGGUGGCCAUUUUUUAAAUGAGAACGCAAAAGAGAGAGACAAACACUAUAGAAGCGUCUCUGCUCAGGUGUCUGCUUACAUAGAUCGUCUCGUUUUCUUUGACAGAUACGUUUUACGUCUGCAAAAUUGCUGAUAGUUGUUGCCACUCAAGGCUGGCAAAAUACUAAAAAUGCGUCAUCUGACUGCUGGACUACAGAAUAUUUUCUGGAGUACAAGAGUACUGCAGCUCGAUGGACUGAAUAUCAAAGAGGCGGCGUCAGGAGGGUG